AUGGGUACUAUAUUCGAUACGCGAAUGCAACCAACAGAAGAAAUUACGAUGGAAAGAUCCCAGCAAAGGCGGGAGGAAAAAGCAAUGAAAGGGUCCCAAAUCUACCGGACAACCUAA